AUGGACAAUGGCGAUAUGAUGCCCGAAACCAUGGCCAUUUGUAGGUAUUUGGCCCGUGAACACGGUUUCUACCCCAAGAGUGCCAUGGACAUGUUCAGGUGUGACUACAUCAGCGAUUGUAUGUAUGAAAUCAUGCACGAUUACAUGAGGUACUUGCACUGGAAGAACGGCCGCUUCAGGUACAACAUGAACGACUACGGCUUCGGAGGUGAGGGCAACUGCAGCAACUACGACUCGACAAGCAGUAACCCCUACAUCACCAUGCCUAACUACACUCUCCAUUACUUCAAUGGCCGCGGACGUGCCGAAAUCCUCCGUAUGAUGAUGGCCAUCGCUGGCGUCAAAUACAUGGACAAGAGAUAUGAAUUCUCUGACUGGGACCGCUGCAGGAAUGGUAAGGAAUUGUCUGUUUGUUUCUUUUUAAAUAAUAGACGUAAAAAUGGGGGGGAGGGGGUAUUUAUUUUGAAAUAUGCGCUAUCACAGCUUAUUCAGAGUUAUAUACUAUUGUUAAAAUCUAUCUAUCUAUCUAUCUAUCUAUCUAUCUAUCUCUAUUAA